AUGCUGUUAGUUUUCAGAUGCCUGCCACUGUCGGUUUGGCCGACAGUGGUAGCGGAGCUCGGAAAGCAGCUGAGAUGGCUAGCGCCUCUGCAGAAGGAAACGCCGCCGGAGCGGCGACCCCGGUCCCAGGAGGCGAUGAUGCUGAUCUACGGAGGCCGAGAUGAUCUACAGGCCUUUGAAAAAUUCCUGCGCCGACGUGGUGCUGCCGGGCGACCCGCGGGACGACGCCAAGGUGAUGACGAGGAUGACGGCGAGGACGAGACAGGAGGUACCCGGUCGAAUGCCGGCCCGCCACCGCAGUGCGACGGGACGACACCCUUCCGGGACUACGAGAUCCGGGCGCGACUUUGGUUGGCGACUACCAAGGUGAAGGCGAGGGCCAGGGGCCCAUCACUUCUUCGGAGCUUGUCUGGAACCCCCUUCGACGACCUCAAGCAUUUGGCGAAGGACGAGGCAUGGAUGCAGAGCGAAGACAAUGGAACCAAGCUGAUUCAGAUGAUGAAUACGAAGGAGUUGUAUGGAGAGGACGAACGCGAGGAGAUGAUCAACACCCUGGUCAAGGUUACCUACACCCUUCGACGAGGGAAAACCGAAGGGUAUAAGACCUUCUUUGCCCGAUGGGACAAUGCGGUGAGGAAGCUCGGCGAGCACAAGGUGGACUUGCCCCAGGAGUACCUAGGCUUCUUGUUAGUCAUGGCGCUCCAGGUGACGCCCGAGGAGGUGAAGCUCAUGAUGAACUAUACCCAGGGCAAGUUGACCCAGAAGGCCGUGAAGGAGUGGAUAAGAGUACAAGAAGCCGACUUGGCUUGGGGAGCUUCCGGCCAGAAGCCCAAGAAGGUGGAUUCGGUCAUGAUGAUGGACGGGGCCACCGAGGUCUGGGGCGACACGAUCGAGGAGGAGCACGCCGACAGCGAGAGCAUGGAGAUCCUCCUAAGUGCCCUAGGCGACUUGGACGAAGCAGCCGACGACACGUCGGUGUCUACCUCUGAGGUGUUCGACGAGGAUGAGGCCAAGGAAGUCCUGGCUACCAUGGUCCGGGAGCACAGCAAGGGCGGCCCCAGGCGAUCCUUCAAGGCGGUGAACGACGCCAAGUGGGCGAAGGGCCUCGCAAGAGGCUAUGGAUCCCAAAGGGACCCCAAUGGGAGAUUCGGCCCAGCCAAAGGCCAGGAGCCCGUGAAGACUGGGCAAUCGUACAAGAUCUCCAUCGAGGCCUUGAAGAAGAAGACCAGAUGUGCCAAGUGCCACCAGAUCGGGCACUGGCAUAAGGAGUGCCCCAACCCGGCGAGGCCGAAGGAUGCUCACUACAUGGAGCACACGUCGGAGGAGGUGCUCUUCCUCCACUACCUGGACUUCCUCGACUCCAAGAAGCAGUCGGAGCCGGCCUUUGACAAGUCAUCGAGCAGCACCGCAAGUUUUCCUAAGGAGAUUUUGAGCCAAAACGGCCCCGGAGACCGACGAGGGCCCGACGCUGAUGAAGACGCAUGUGCUACCAUAGAUACCGGAUGUCAGCGUACUGCUGCUGGCAAGGAGACGCUAGAUAGGACCAAACAGGUGGCAUGUCUUCCCGCAAGCCUAGGCUCAGCAGUGCACUGGAUGAUCUUCGUCUGCAAGGCCCCGAGUAUAGUGUGCAAGGAAAUGAGGUUCACCAUCAGGAAGAAGAAUGUCCGGCCGAGCAGCAACUUCGGCCCGACGCCACAGCACCCUCUUCUAGGUCGCCUUCUAGCCAGCUUCAGCCCGCCUCGCAGCAUGCCGCCAGCGACCAAGCGCACCCGGUACCUGACCGAGGAAGAGAAGGCCUACCGUCGGCAAUUUCAUUGGCGGCGGAUGGUGCUGAGGAUCUUCACGGUGGUGGCCAACUCGGUGUACCGCAUGGUGGCGAACCACCUAGGCCUGCAGACGGACCGGCGAGGACUACAAGAGCGAGUGGUGGAGACCAUUCGGGCCCUGAGCCCCGCAGAGCUCGAGGAGGUCCAUGUGACGGUCGAGAGCGCGAUGAUGACAGCGAGCCUACAGGACGAGGACUGGGCCGUGGUGGACAACCGCGAGAUGCCGAGCUCACGGAAGCGCCCCAUGGAGGAGGAGGACUCCGGAAGGAUGACAGUCGACGAGUUUGCACCACCGGAGGUUCUGCUCUGCUACUGCAACCUGGAGUCGGUGCUGUUAAGGACGAAGAAGCGGGGCCCGAACCUCCAUCGAUAUGUGGCAACCUACGAAAAGGAAUGGGCCACCGCCACCCCAACCAGUGGCGUGGUCGAGCCCGGCGUCACCGAGCCCUGCAAGAUCCUUGCCGUCGAGCUUGGCAACGAUGUCUGCGAGGAAGUCCCCAAGUACCCCGGGGUCCAACAGCGUGGCCGGGACGGAUCUCAGCAUCAACAGCCUCCGGAACCCGGCGGAGAUCCAAUGCGGUUGCAUCAAUCCGGUCCGGCAGGGGACCGGCUCCAAUGCGUGGGUCACCCAGAUCCGAUGCGGCAGCUGCGGAAAGAUCCUACUGCGCGAGCCGACGGCCAAGGCGAAGCCGCACUAUGCGAAGAUGAACCGCGCGCCGCCAACUCCAAAGACUCUGCCACCGACACCGAAGCUACCGGGAGGAGGAUCUACGACUCCGCUGCCCUCGGCGGCUCCAGGAACCCCGCUGGCUCCGCACAUGUUCCAUGGCCCCGCGAAUCCGGCCAGCAGUUCCAGCGAGGCACCACCGAGGAACCAGCAGCCAUCCUCUACGAGCACCUCGAGCCGAAGGACCGGCCAGCCGAGCAGCCAGGGAACUCCAGAAGAUGCCAAUCUGGUUCUCGACGAGACCUCUGCCGAGUACCAGGAGCUCAAGCGAUUCAUGGAGGCCAAGAAGGCAGCCGAGAAUCAAGGCAGCCGCCGGAAGUGAAGCUCUCUGUGAGUAGCCAGAGGCAUAUGACAUCAAGCCUACGGAGGGCAGAACAGGUCUGGAAUGACUUGCAUGGAUGUUUGGUCAACGGAUCGGACCAACUUUGUGAGCUAAAAGAUCGGGCCGCCAGGGAUUACAAGAAGGGUCUUAGCAAGCAAAGACGUCAGGUUUAUACAGAGAUCUUUAACCUUAGCAACCACAACGUCUCCGAGACUACCAUGGAGCCCAAGGCCAAGAUUAGCUCUCGGCAAGUAUCAACAGACCAAUGCCUCAAGAUCCGGUUAGGCCAGAUGAUGCUUGGUUGUGAUUCAGCAGCCCGCCGAGUCAUGGUUCUCCCAAGGCAGAAUGCUAGGAGCCAUGGCGUCCCAACAAGUGGCAAAAGGAAGAACUACGUGGCCUACAAAGAGGCCAGUACCUCUGGAAGGCAGAAGUCGCUGGAUGGCGAGAUGGCGACGAUCAAGAACGCGAUGGAGGGCGAGAUGGUAACGAUCAAGGACGCGAUGGAGGGCGAGAUGGUAACGAUCAAAGACGCGAUGGAGGGCGAGAUGGUAUCGUCCAAAUCAAGCGGUGGCCAGAUCUCGGUCAGAGCCUAUGCCGGCAUGAUCCAUAAGCCCUACGACCAGAUCAAGGUGAAGGAUGCCGAGGAGGUGGUCAUGGAAGACUACUCGCACGACGUCUUCUACUUCGAUCCGGCCGAGCAGGAGGAGCUCCGGAAUCAAGAUGUGAACCUUGAAACCUACACCAAGGAGAUCCUACAUACGGAGGAGCCGGAGCCCGAGGAUGAUGCGGCAAUGGUUCCUGGACACUAUGGAGUGACCCGCGCCAUGGUCGAGGCUGAGGGCAAGUACAUUCUCAACGAUGGAAUGGUGGCCGUGGCGCAACACAAUGCCGAAACACUGCCGACACCGGGACCGGAGGAGGAGCACGGAAGUUUUCCCUGGAGGUCGAGCUGGACAAGAGCGGUGGACGGUUCCUGGCAGUGUCUAGAAGACGAAGUACGAUGGCAGGAGCUACCAGCUUCAGGACGACCUCUAACAGUACCAGGCAACGUCGUGAUGAUCUACCGGAAGCGGCUGGAUGGAAGGAAGGACAAGCGGGCCAACCACUUUCCCGGCAUGGGCCAAGUGACGCUGCAGCGUAUGGUCAUGAGGGCCCAUGAAGGCCUCGGACAUCCAGAGCCCGGGCGGUUCCUCCGGAUUCUAAGACACAGUGGCGUAAGCCAGGAAGCCCUCGAGAUCGCCAAGGAACUGAAGUGUUCGGUUUGCGAGGCUUAUAAGGUACCAGCACCUGUUCGUCAGGGAGCACCACCCAGGGAGGACCUCUUCAUCAAUGACCUGGUGGGAGUGGACACCGUGCACCUCCGAAAUCACAAGAACCAGACGGUGCCGGCCCUGAACAUCAUCGACUGGCACUCCCACUUUCAGCUGGUGGCGCCCAUGGCGGCGGAGACGGCCGCAGAAACCCGGAAUGCCUAUAGGCAAUGGGUUAGGUUCUUCGGACCUCCGAGGAAACUCAUGAUCGACCUCGGCGGGGAGUUCAAGGCGGAGUUCAGGAAGCAGGUGGAGAAUGACGGCUCGGAGGUCGUUCCAGGCCCGUUAGAGGCCCCGACUCAACGAGGCCUCACCGAACGGGCUGGAGGCGUUUUCAAGGACAUCCUCUACAAGGCCAUGGCGACCUACGGGUGUGACAGCUGGCGGGAGUGGAAAGAGUUGGUGGACGUUACUUGUCAUUGUAUGACUCGGAACAGGCUUCUUCUACGAGGCGGCUACUCUCCCAUCCAACGAGUCAUCAGCUACUCGCCGAGGAUCCCAGGCGGUCUACUACAAGGAGGUGAACAAGAUGAAAUGGUGGCGGAACUUCAACACGUCGGCGACACAGAUGCUCAUAGGGCGACGCGGAUGAGGAAGGCGGCAGCGAUGGCCUUCCACGAGGCGGACUGUGACCAAGCCCUCCGAGCAGCCGCUCUUGCAGGACGAAGGCAACACCAAAAUAUUGAGAUCGGCCAGGCGAUCUACUUUUGGAGACGCGGGGCCGGCACAAACAAGAAGAUGAGGCAAACCUACUGGCAGGGUCCGGGCAGGGUCGUCAUGACCUCACUGCCCAACGCGGUCUGGAUUGCCUACCAAGGAGGACUCGUCAAAGCAGCACCGGAAAGGACGAGACCGGCGACCGAAGAAGAGACCUUGUCCCUCUCAGGAUGGAUGCGCGGCCUAUCUCAGGCCCGCCUAGCCUUCGAGAAAAACCCGAGAAGGAACUUUGUCGACCUCACCAAGGACACCGACCUCAUCGACGGCGACGAGGAGCAGGCCGAGGAAGAGGAAACCCAACAACGGGAGGAAGUUCUUCCCGCACCGCCCGCCAAGCGCGUGCGGUUCAAGACGGACACCUACGUCCGGGCGAGCCGGGAAGGGAAGGAGGCGGAGUCUACCGCCGGGAUCGGCGACAUCCUGACCGAGCUGGCGAAUGAGCAAAAUAGCGGCAUGGAGGUCGAGCAGGACGAGGACGGUGACACCAUGAUGGAGGCACCAAGAGAAUCGGAUUCGAAUGACCGGGAAGCCAAGCGCGGCAUCGAGGAUGCCGAGCAACCACGGGAAAAACGGAGUCGUGUGGAGCUCCUGGAGCUUUACCACAUGAACCUGACGACUCUGGCGAAACAACGCCAGAAGAAGGAAGCCCGGCCGAAGGACUUCGAAGGUGGCGAUAGGGAACGGCUAGAUCGGGCUAUCCUCAAGGAGGUCAACAAUAACCUGGAGACCGGCGCCUAUAAGAUCCUCUCCCUCAAGGAGUCCCAGGAGAUUCUCCGGAGCAAGCCCGAGAAGGUCAUGGAGUCCCGCUACGUCCUCACCAAGAAACCCUUGGAGCCGGCAGACAUAGCCAAGGCCCAAGCCGAAGGACUACUACUUGAUGACAGGCAGCAUGGACCGGUGAAGGCUAAAUGCCGUCAUGUCAUGAAGGGCUUCUCAGAAGAAGCGGCCUUGGAUGUGGAGAGUACGACGCCCCAGGUGAACCGAGACUCCGUCAUUUUCGUCACCCAGGUCUUGGCCAGCAUGCAAUGGUGCCCUGGUUUCCUUGACUUCACCCAGGCCUUCCACUCCGGGGACCAGAUCAACCGGGAAUUGUACUGCCGUCAACCGGCAGAAGGCAUCCCCGGAAUGCACCGGGACCAGAUCGCAGAGGAAUACAAGCUCGGCAAGAACCAGAAGGGCAAAGGCCGUUUUACCGGCAAGGACAUUGCCCUACAACCUGACGGCUCCAUCCUCAUCGACCAGGAGUUCUACGUGAAGGAGAAGGCCGAGAAGAUCAAGAUCCCUCGAAAGAGGAAGUCGCAAAGGUUUUCCCGAUGCACAGCCGAACAAUUGAGGAGCCAGCUAGGAGUUCUCUCCUGGCUGGCAAAAGAGACAAGGUGUGAUUUGGCAGGCCGGGUUUGUCUGCUUCAGCAAUGUUUUCCGGAGCCCAAGGUGGCCGACCUGAUCGAAUGCAACAAGAUCAUCGAGGAGGCUAUCCAGCACAGCAAGCUCGGCAUCCGAGUGAUGCCGAUAGACUGGAGAAACCUAAGGGUUUCCGUGGUCACUGAUGCGGCCUGGGGCAACUCGCGUGACCAACUGUGGAUCGAGAACUCGGAAGAGGACUUCUGGGAAGAGACCCCCACAGAAUGGGUUCGCCAUCACAAGACGCCACGAAGGAAAACCGUGGACACCUUGGCCGCGGAGGGCCAGGCACUCCAGUCAGGAAUCGGAUCGAUUCACUGGCAUAGACUUCUGUUUCUGGAAGCCUUUUACGGCAUGCUGUCAAACGAUCGCUGGCGAGAAGAAUCCCGACGGAUUCCAUUCCUGGCGGCGGUCGACUCAAAGAGCCUCUACGACGCGGCCAACAAGUGUACGAGCACUACAGCUUACAUAAGUGACAAGCGGACGGCGAUUGACCUCGCCGUCAUCAAGGCGGACCUACUGGAGACCAGCGGAACGAUCCGCUGGAUAGACACCCGCGCUAUGAUCGCGGAUCCCUUGACAAAGGCUCAUCCAGCAGCUUACCUCCGCUACGUCAUGUCAGUGGGCAGAUGGUCGAUCGUUGAAGAGGGAACAGCCUUGCAAAGAAAGGAGAAUUGA